CCCUGGCGGGCAAAUGUUAACAGCCUCCGUCCUGCCCUGAAUCCUAAGAGUAGAAGAGGGUCAACGAAACAUGUGGAGUGUGCUGUCGAUUGAUCGUUAGACGCCUCAGAACCAUACGAGCUCCGCUCUUGUUCACAUCACCUCCACAGCCCUUACGUUCUCUUCUUCUCGCCAGCGAUCAUGUUCAUCAAGACGGAGCCCUUACCUAUGACGGGCAGCGCCCGCGACUCGCUGAUAGCUAUCGCAGUAUUAUGGAUAAUGUUCGCUAUCACAGUCGGCUUUCGGUUCCUUGGUCGAUUGCAAGGGAUAGGCCUUGGUCUGGAUGACAUCUUGUCAGCUGUGGCCUUGAUAUUGUCCGGCAGUACAAUAGGUAUGAAUGCUGUUGUAUUUACAAUUGGGGUCGGGUGGAAUUUUGAUCCCAACUCUGAUGUGUUUCCGGAGUUGACACAUAAUCUGCCUGUCAUUAUGCAGAUAACUUUCGCUUUCACACUAAUCUACAUUUGGUGUCUCGCAGCUCUCAAGAUGAGCCAGCUCGCCUUGUAUAUGCGAGUCUUCUCCAGCCAAUUGCAAGUUUGGGUGUACGGUGUCGGCGCAAUCGUUGUGCUUUGGGCUGUCAUCUUCAACUUUCUCUUCAUCUUCCUCUGCGAUCCUAUCGCCCAACAAUGGACCGUCGCGCGGGUUGGCCACUGCAUGGAUCAAAUUCUUCUCCUGAAGUGCCUAAUCAUGACAAAUCUUGUCACAGACUUGUUCAUUGUCGUACUGCCAAUCAGGUCUGUGUGGCAGCUACAAAUGCGCAAGACCGAAAAGUUUGCCGUACUGGCUUGUUUCGGUCUUGGAGGAGCCUGCGUGUUCAUCUCUCUCGCUAGAUUCAUCCAAAUAUACACCAUCGACUUGAUCGGCAACUUGACCGGGACCUCGCUCACCACCUUUAUGCUUUGCACUGUCGAGCUUAUGCUGGCAGGGCUGUGUAUCAACAUCCCUAUGCUACGACCCUUCUACAUACGCUUGAGGGCGAAGUAUAAGUCCACUUCGACGGGCAGCUCCGGUGGACAGGGCUCACACAAAGUAUCAGGGUCAAGGCAGUUAGGAGAUGUGGCAGCCAGGCCAGUAAAUCAUAUGGCAUGGAUCGAAUUGGCCGAUAAAGACCAGAUCAUGCUCACGACUGAUGAUGCGAGUUCAGAACGGAACCUCACCAUGCAUCAGCCUGACGAGGGCAUACACAUCCAGAAAGACUGGGUCAUUUCAAGGUCCUGAAGAACAGAAAGCCCAGACUAUGACCGCAUGAGUUCAAAAUCAAUCUUAAUGACCAGCUCACGGUUCCACAUCACGCAGCGCGUCGGGUGUGGUACUUCUGUUACUGUGACAAAAGAUGGGGAGAUGUCCUUUGAU